AUGCCAAACUUCGUAGCUCCAGAAGUAAAACAAUUCGUGACUUGGGACUAUGUUGUUUUUGCAGCACUAUUUUUAAUCUCUGCCAGCAUUGGAGUCUUUUUUGCAGUUAAAGAGAGGAAAAAGAAAACUUCAAAGGAAUUUUUGGUAGGUGGUAAGCAGAUGACAUGUGGACCCAUAGCUUUUUCUCUUACAUCAAGCUUCAUGUCAGCAGUAACUGUCCUGGGGACACCCUCCGAAGUUUAUCGCUAUGGAGCAUCCUUUGUGCUCUUCUUUCUUUCGUAUACACUUGUCAUAAUUUUUACUGCUGAACUUUUUCUACCUGUUUUUUAUAGAUCUGGCAUCACAAGCACUUAUGAGUAUUUGGAGUUAAGAUUUAACAAGAUUGUCCGUCUUGCUGCAACACUGAUUUACAUCCUACAGACGAUCCUUUACACAGGAAUAGUGGUCUAUGCUCCAUCACUGGCACUCAACCAAGUCACUGGAUUUGAUCUCUGGGGCUCUGUAGCUGCAACAGGAAUUGUCUGCACUUUCUAUUGCACUCUGGGAGGAUUAAAAGCUGUUGUCUGGACGGAUGCAUUUCAAAUGAUUGUUAUGGUGGCUGGCUUCAUGACAGUUUUGAUUCGAGGAACUAGUCUGAAUGGUGGAUUGAUCAAAGUCUGGGAAGAUGCCCAUGAAGGAUCUCGGCUAAACAUAUUUGACUUUGAUGUUGAUCCUUUGAGACGACAUACCUUCUGGACAAUAGUUAUUGGGGGAACAUUUACAUGGCUAGGACUCUAUGGAGUCAAUCAGUCCACAAUACAGAGAUGCAUUUCCUGCAAAUCAGAAAAGCAUGCUAAACUGGCACUUUACGUGAAUUUAUUGGGACUUUGGACAGUCCUAGUGUGUGCAGUGUUUUGUGGCUUGGUGAUGUACUCUCAUUACAAGAGUUGUGACCCUUGGACUGCUGCUUUCAUUUCAGCUCCUGAUCAGCUCAUGCCAUACUAUGUUAUGGACAUUUUUUCUUCGAUGCCAGGAGUCCCAGGACUGUUUGUUGCCUGUGCAUUCAGUGGAACACUAAGCACGGUAGCUGCCAGCAUCAAUGCUUUAGCAACUGUUACCUUUGAAGACUUGAUCAAGAAAGGUUUCCCAAAUCUCUCUGAGAGCACGUGGAUCAGCAAAGGUUUAUGUAUAUUAUAUGGCAUCCUGUGCACUUCGAUGGCUGCAGCAGCAUCGCUGCUGGGAGGAGUUGUGCAGGCUUCCCUCUCCAUCCACGGGAUGUGUGGGGGGCCAAUGCUGGGAUUAUUUACCCUGGGAAUUGUGUUUCCCUGUGCUAACUGGAAGGGUGCUCUUGGAGGCCUCUUAGCUGGGAUCAGCUUGGCUUUUUGGGCUGGUACCGGCUCUUUCAUUUACCCUACACCACCAACAAAGUCCAUCCCUCUGCAUCUGUCUACCCUCAACUGCACACUGGCUAACAGCACCAAGGCACUGGUAACACCAGCUCCCAUGGUGGCUCCAGAGAGGCCUUUGCUGGCAGACACCUGGUACUCGCUGUCCUACCUGUACCUCAGUGCCAUUGGCUGCCUGGGCUGUGCCAUCACAGGGCUCUUGAUAAGCUUUAUAACAGGACCUAGUAAAGGAGAAGACAUCCCACCAGUGUUAAUUAAGCCAGUCUGCAACCUGUUUUGCUUUUGGUCCAAAAGACUCAAAAUAUUCCUCUGGUGUGGUGUGCAGCACGACAGCCUGGAGGUGGACUUUGAGAAAAAAUUGCCUAAAGUUGCUGCAAAUAAAACCAGAACAGAUUACACCUCCAAGAAUAAUACCAACAAUGAAAAUAAUCACCAGAUCUGUGGUUACAAUUCUGAGGAAAAUUCAUAUACAAAUAUAAGCAGAGAAUCUUGCCUCUAG